GUGCAUAGAAACAAGUUGAGUGCAGAAUCUCAACUCUGUUCAUGUUUCAUCCAUCAUUAACUCGGAUUAGUUUGUCAGAUAUACUUGUAAAUAUACAGUCUUGCUGUGUGUCGUGUAUAUAAUUAAAAAUAUACCCCAAAAAUAAACUAAACUCUUGUUGAGAGUGCGCUAAAAGGCAAAUUUUUAGAAAAGAUGAGUCCACAACAAAAGGCGUCAGGCGGAAGUAGUCGCAAAUCUGGAAAAGGUGCUGGUCAGAAAGAUUCAACGGUUGCUGCUGCAGAACAGAGCAACAAUCAAAAUUCUACGACAAAUAAGAAACAUAACAAUGCCAGUUCCAAUGUUAAUAAUACUAAUAUUGAUCAAUCGAAGACAGAAAAAGAAAAGCCACAUAUAAAGCCAACAGCCGAACAGAUUCGCAUCGCUCAAAUUACAGAAAUCAAAAAUGGGACUCAAGAUCCUACACGUGAGAAAGUGAUCCAGUUGAUGGAAGCAACGGAACGUUCAGAAGAAGAUGCUUGCUUGGCAUUAUAUGAAUGUGAUAAUGAUUUGGAGCGUGCUGUUAUCUAUCUGUUGGAGAAUCUUGAAGUCGGAGCAUUGAUUACGACUACCAAGAAGAAGAAAACUAAAGCAGCAUCGGAUGGCAAUGAGGGAGAUGAAUUUGAGUCAUCAAAUACGAACAAUCGUGAUUCGAAUCGUAGUGGUAGGCAAGGAGAUGAUUCAAAUGAUCGUUUUAAGGGACGUAUUUCGAAUCGUGGUGGGGCUUCAAAUCGUGGACGUUCGCGUGUAUCGGGUGAUACAAGAGGAAAUGAUAAUGGUGAAGCUGGAAAUAAUAUGAGAGGAAUGAGAGGUCGUGGGGAUGGUACAAGACGUGGGGGAUUCUCUGGAAGGGGUCGCGGGGGACGAGGAGGUCCAAGAGUACGUGAUCAAAAUCACCGGAUUAAUAAUUAUCGAGUUCAGCAACCAGAACAUCAACAAGAAAUUGAUAAUUGGGAUCCGGCAUCGACACAAACUACUAAUGACACUAAGAAUGAUGAAACAUGGGGUGAUUGUGGCGAUUGGGAUAAUGAAGAGUAUACAGGAUCAUUGUCUGAUACUAAAGUAUUUACGCCAUCGACGCAACAAGAUCUUUCAGCACCGCCUGGAUUGGAACAACAAAUUUUAAAUCCACCACAGAAUGAUCAGUAUAAUCCAACGGUUGUUUCAAGUGGAAAUGCAAGUGGUCAAUAUGGUGAUUUACAUUCGACGACUGCAGCUCAACAAUUACGACAAGCACUCGAGAUGCCGUCAAUGAGUCAGCAGCCAUCUGCGCCAUUAUCAGCCGAACAAUCUCAGUAUUUUAAUACGUUAGGAACUCAGAAUACUAAUGCAGCCUAUCAGUCAUCGGUGCAAUAUCAAUACAACGAUCAAGUUGUCAGCAAUCAAGCUCCUCGUUCUCAUCAGCAGCAAGCACAAGUACAGGCCCAACAAGCACAAGUACAAGCACAGCAAAGAUCCAGAGCUCGAGUUCCACCGCCCUCGAAAAUUCCCUCGUCAGCUGUCGAAAUGCCUGAUGUUGAUUUACCAGUAUAUCUUGAUGUGCAAUUUGGUGGACUUGAUUUUGGUACGGGAACUGAAGAGCCAACUUAUGAGACUGAAAAAUAUUCUCAAGGACUUGAUCAAUCGACUGGUGACGAUUAUACCGCAAAUAAGAGUAAUGUUGUAACGAAAAGUUCACAAUCAGCUCUGAGCGGUCUACAACCUUCUCAAUUAAUUCAAACGGCUGAAUCUAUUUCAUCAUCUACACAAGCUGAUCUCUCAAGUAGUUACGCUCAACGAAAUCCUUCGUCAAUGGGAGCUUCAGGUCAAUCUACACUCGAUCAAUUGACUAAAACUGGUGACAUUUAUGCAAACAACGCGGCAUCUGGAAAUGCCUAUCAGAACUUGUCGUAUCAAUCUUCGCAAAAAACUGGAGGAUAUCAAACAUCUGGAUAUGGCUCGAAUGCAUACAAUUCAUCGCAAUCGACAAACAAUUAUCCGGCAUCGACAAACUCAUACGGAUAUAGUCAGAAUUCCUAUCAGCAGCAAAAUCAAGGCACCCAAAGUGGUGCUGGACAGCAGCAAAUUCAAUCGACUGGAAAUGUUUCUAGCAAUUCGAGCAAUCCAAAUCAAGCUACGUCUGGGUAUAUGGGCAACCAAUAUCAAGGAAACCAAACUGGCUAUCAAACACAACAAAGUUCAUACCAGAGCCAAAGCGUCUAUGGAAACUCGAACAAUAUCAAUAGUAAUUCCGACAGGUUUUCUGGUAGUAUUAAUUCGCUAACAUCAAAACUUAAAAGCACUCAAGGAACAUACGACAGUUCCACAAAUGCUGUUAGUAGCGGUACUUCAUCAACAAGUUCAAACACGGCAAUAACUACAAGUAGUAUUAGUACAUCUCUUGGUCUGAAUAGUGCAAAGUCCACGACUUCAACGUCUGGAAUGAAAACGGGCUCGAGCCAAGUGAGCAGUAGCACGAAUGUGACAACAAAUACGUCAUCUGGCGUGGGGACAACUGCAAAUACUGGAAAUGGUGCUAGCAAUGUCGUUCAAAAUAUACCGCUAAUGAGCUCGUAUAUUCAGCCAGCAUUCUAUCAGCAACAACCGUAUCUUCAUUUUGAGGACAUGCAAUUAGUUCAGCCUAGAAUGACACCAAUGACAGGAUAUUAUGAAUAUCAAACUCCAACAAGCUUAGCUGGCGUACGAAGCGAUGGAACGGCUUCAAAUCUUGCCUCAGUUGCGUAUCCAACGAUGUCAGCUGAUGGACGUUUUGCACGUACUGAUAAUAAUUCCAGUCCUGUACAGUCUCAGCAAACUGCUGGAUCGAGUCAGUUAAUGAAUCUUCCACCUUACGCGUACUUUUAUGGAACUAAUGUGAUGCCCGCUGGAAGCUUUCAACAAUUCCCUCAAAUUUAUUCUCAAAUGCCUGCCACGAAUCCAAAUGCUGGCCAAUUUGCAAAGCAAUCAGCAUACAAUAGUGGAUAUGGCUCAACUGGUUAUGAUACAUUAAAUCAGACUGCUCCUGAUUACAAUAAGACAACUUAUCAAAGUACAGGACAACAGACUAAAGGUCAUUCAGCUACCAAUCAGUCUGGGACUAAUUCAGACAUUGCAUCGUCGAUGUACAACAAGAGUCAUGUUACAUUGAAUAAGGUUAAUUCUUAUGACAAACAGUCCUUUCAUUCGGGAACGCCACCACCAUUUAACUUAGGCUCACAAGCUGGAUCCCAAACACAAGCUUUCCAACAGCAUUUGUACCUUCAACCAAUGGCUCCGCACCAUAACAUGCAUCAACCAAUUCAUCAGAUGGAGGGUGGACGCAUAACAAAUUCUCGACGGGAUACAAACAGCUCUGGACAACGCCAACAAGCCGGUAGCCAAUCAAAGUCUGGUUCAAAGCCAGCUUAUUCGACAUCAACAUAUUGGAAUACACAGAAUUAAGAGCACCAUUCUCGCACGUACAUCAUCCAGAUGAUAUAAAUUAACUUUUUUGUCUCUUUUUUAAAAUUCACAAAUUUCCCUUUUUCUUUUCCUUUAAGUAACUUUUUGGGGGAUGAAUCCUUUAUAAAAAAAACUGAUGAAUAAUUAAUGACGACUUUUUGUGUAAGAUUUUUUGAAGAAUACAAUUUAUAAUAGGGUAUAUAACAUAACACACACACAGCAUACUACUGAGCGAGCAUGAAGGAUUAAUGAUGUAACAUGAAAAAUUUCUUUAAUUGGUGAAACAAAUAAAUGAUAUAAAUAAUACAUUAAAAACAAUAUACCCGAGUAACACACAACACUUUAUAAAUACAAAAGUAAUAAUAAUAAUAAUAAUUUUUCAGUAAUGCAAAUUAGUUCCAUUAUAAAAUAAUAAAAAAAAAUUGAGGAUAAAUACACACUUUUUUGCGAUAGAAGAUAAUAUUGAAGAUACAAAAAAAAAUUAAACAAUUUUCUACUGCAACAAAAAAAAAAGAAAGAAGAAGAAGGAAAAUCUUUGUGUCUGUUAAUUUUUCAUGCAAAAUCCAUAAGAAAAAAAAAUACUUUGAAUGAAUUAUUGAUUACACAUUUAAACUAAAUUUUAAGGAAUUAUAAGCGAAAAACAAAAAUCUGAAGAUGACAAAAAAUAAAAGAAAAACUGAUGAUAAUGAAAAAUUAGUGAAUUCAAAU